AAAAUCGUAUGAUGAAGUCCAAACUGCUCAAAAUUGUUGUUCUGGGCGAUCCAGCAGUCGGCAAAAGUUCUCUAAUAAAUCGAUUCGUUCACAACACCUUCUCUGCGCGGUUGAGUUACACAAUAGGAGUGGCGUUUCUGAACAAAGACACAGUAAUUUCCGAAGACCAUUACACGAUGCAGAUUUGGGACACGGCAGGUCAGGAGAGAUUCAAAAGCUUGAGGACGCCAUUCUAUCGCGGAGCAGACUGCUGCCUCGUAACAUACGCACUAGACGAUCUACAGAGUUUUAAAAAUCUUUCCAUGUGGAAAAAAGAAUUUUUGUAUUAUGCCGAUAUACAGGAAGGAAGCACAUUUCCGUUUGUUCUCAUCGGAAACAAAGUUGACGUUGACAAACGCUGCGAGGAGGAUGCCAAAAGCUGGUGUGCGGCAAAUGGAAACAUGCCGUAUUUCGAAACAAGUGCCAAAGAUUCUCUAAAUGUUGAUCGGGCGUUCAAGGCUGCUGUGCAACGAUUGCUCGAGUUGGAAGAUCAAAUUGAUAUACGGCCGUCUCGUGGUAAUACUGUUAACCUCCGGAAAAAAUCCAAAACAAGUUCAGGCUGUUGUGCGUGAUGGCCUGGCUUUUUAGUAAUUUUAUUUUAUUUACCAUGAAAAAAAUAAGAAGAAAAUAAAAAACGAAGAAGAAAACAUUAUACAACAUUGUUAAACAUUCAAGAUAUAUGUUAUCAGCAACUAUAAGUUGUUUGGAGGAGUUCUGUUUUCAAAUAUGUCUUCUUCAUAUUUUUCAUAUUGAGAGCAUCAUAUAUACAGAUCCCUGUGUAUUUUUGUGAUGUCACUGAAAGUAUAUGAUUUUCUUUGGAUGUGUGGAAUAAAUGACUCUUGACAGUU